AUGCCGAACAUUAGGGGACCUGAUAGCGACAAGAGGGCGGUACUAGGAGGAGUGGUACAGUUCAUCCUACUGUAUGGAGCUCCGAUUUGGUACCUAGCCAUGAGGAUGGAGAAGUACAGGCAAAUUCUGACCAAGACCCAGAGAAAGAGCCUAGUACGGAUCAUAUCUGCGUACAGAACAGUGUCUGCAGAAGCGGCACAGGUCGUAGCACGCAUGAUCCCUAUAGACCUUCUUGCUGCGGAGAGGAAAUACACCCACGAGAGGAGUGGAGACGAGGCGUUGGCAGCACGAAGGCGAAGGGCGAGGGAAAUAACUAUGGACAAAUGGCAGGAGAGGUGGGACAACAUCCAGGAAAAGGCCCAGUGGACAAAGAAACUGGUACCAUCGGUGAAAGACUGGAUGGUCCUCAAAGACAGGAGAACUAAUUAUUUCGCAACGCAGCUCCUGACAGGCCAUGGCUCCUUCGGCAGCUACACGCAUCGAAUCGGAAGGACUCCUGGCGAAGAGUGCGCCUACUGUCGAAAUGAAAGAGACGAUGCUGAACAUACGUUGUUUCUGUGCCCGAGAUGGACAGCAGAGAGGCAGACGCUUCAGGCUGGCAUCGGAGAACCACUUGCCAUAGAGAAAUUUGUGGUAACAAGAAAUAACAACUGGAGAGAAUUUCGGAAAUAUGCCAAUACCGUAAUGGCCAUAAAAGAGCGAGAAGAGCGCAAGCGACAGCAGCAGCAAGAGUAA